AUGGAGAAAAUGGAGAAAGGAAGGCAAGAAAAAAGACAGCUGCACAACAUUCAAGCUGAAGGUCAGAAGCAAGUUGGUGGAGCUUUGCUCUCUGAUGCUGGUAAGCAGGAGAUAGAUGAUGGAGAGAAGAUCACCAAACUUCGCCCCUCAUGUCAUACCUUUAUGCAGUGCUGCCUGGUAAAGUGGAUCAUAAACAGCACAACAGCACAGAUCACUGAUGACUGCGUUGCCGAUGCUGAGUUGGAGCUGGCUAUGGUGAGACACCAACCUGAGGGUCUGGAGAAACUCCAAGCUCAAACAAAAUUCACCAGGAAGGAGCUUCAGUCGCUUUACAGAGGCUUCAAAAAUGAGUGUCCCAGUGGUUUAGUUGAUGAGGAAACCUUUAAGGUUAUUUAUUCCCAGUUCUUCCCUCAAGGAGAUGCUACCACUUAUGCACAUUUUCUGUUUAAUGCCUUUGAUAUGGACCGAAAUGGUUCAAUACAGUUUGAGGACUUUGUAGUCGGACUGUCCGUAUUGUUGAGGGGUUCAGUAACAGAGAAGCUUCACUGGGCAUUUAACUUAUACGACAUUAAUAAAGAUGGAUGCAUCACUAAACAGGAAAUGAUGGCCAUCAUACAGUCCAUCUACGACAUGAUGGGCCGAUACACAUAUCCCAGUGUGAGGGCAGAUGCACCAUUUGAGCAUGUGGAGAAAUUUUUCCAGAAAAUGGACAGGAACAGAGAUGGAGUCGUCACAGUUGAUGAGUUUAUCGAGACAUGUCAGAAGGAUCAGAACAUUAUGGCUUCCAUGCAGCUCUUUGAGAACGUUAUUUAAACCACUAAAUGGAAACAAUACAAGAAAUCAAAUAUCACUGACAAGUGUGACUAUAUAUAAUUAUCAAACAACUAUUCCAUACACUGUAGAAAAUGUAUCUGAUGCAAGAUUCUUAAGCCUCUGACGGAUUCCACUGAAGACAAGUAUGAACAGUAUUCCUGACUGAACACCUGAAACCUCACACUGCUGCUGGAGUAAGAGUGUGUGAUCAUUUAGCAAAAACUGACAGAUGAAUUUUCUGUACAAGUGUCUAACAGAAAUGUGACCUCAGUAGUAUUGGUUGUGGGGAAAAUAAACAGCUACAGAGACGAGAAAGAUUUAAACUACUAGUCCUUAGUAAAUAAAGCUUUGUUCUGGUUAGCAUCACAGAUACCCAACUAAGCUUAUUAGAAAAUAUUGUUAGCAGUUACAAAGAAAAAGAAUAACCCGAGGAAAAGGAGCGAUGAUCAGAAUUCCUUAAGUAGCCAGUAGUCAGUAUCCCUUCAAGACGGGAAAGUGGGCAGAAUUAGUAAAAAUCCUUUAAAAUGGAGAAAGAUUAGAAAAAACUCCUCCAGACUGAGGGGAAUAGCCUCAGAGUAUCAGAGUAGUCAGAAUGCUUUAAUGAGUGGGUGGGAUUUGUCCAUAUUCCUUCAUGAGUGGGAGGGUUUGGUCAGAAUUUAUUUUAUCAGUGAAUGGGAUUGGUCAGAAUUCAUUCAUGAGAAGGUCGGAUCAAUCAGAAUUUCUACAUUAAUGGGUGGGGUUGAUCAUAAUUUCAUGAUAAACAGGUGGGAUUGGACAGACUUCCUUCAUGAGUGAGUAGGAUUGCUCAUAACUUGUUCAUGAGUGAGUUGGAUUGGAAUUCCCUCAUGAACAUAUGGGAUUGUUCAGAAUUCCUUUAUGAGUGAGGUGAUUAGUCCAAAUUCCCUCAUAAGC